AUGAAAAGAAAAGCCGAUCACAAAUCCUUUGAUUUUCCAGCAAGUAAAAUUGCCAAUUUUAAUUCCGAACACGUAAAUCAUGAUGAUCGUUCCGAGAAUGUAAUAUUAUUAUUGAAUGAUUUUUAUACAAGAUGUGAUGAUGCUGAUCAUUGUCAUGUUGUUGAUUAUCAACAAUUACUUUAUAACAAAUUUCAAAUGCAAACAAAGGGGAAAAUUAAGUGGUUUGAAUAUCGAUAUGAAUGUAUGAAAAAUCCUUUAAAGUACAUUCCGAUUGAAUUUUGUAAGGAUGCUGAAUUUAUUAUUCAUACAUUGAAUUCGGGAAAGUUGAAAUUGAGUGAGGAUUUAUUCAAUAAUUUGCAUCCAAUUCUUAGAAAGCCAAUGUUCUUAUUUGAAAUAAUGGACAGGAUUAUUAAAUUAUCAGAUGAAUCGAAACAACCUAGUUUGCUCAUUCUAGCCAAAAGUAUGGAAACUGUAUCGAAUAUGUUAACAUGUACCCGUAACCAGGAUGAGGACUGCUCGUGUGAAGUGGAUGGAUUUGAAUUACCAGAUUUUAUGAAUAGGAUUUGUUUCUCUGAGGAAGAAUUAUUGGAUGAUGAAGAGCAUGUUCUUCAGAAUAUUACAAGUGAUGGCACAGUGAGAGUGGUGGACUUUAUGAGGGUUUCUGAACGUUUAAGGAAUGAUUACAAAUUUAUGAUUAAUCUAUUCAAGAAAUUCAAGUUUACUAUUGAGGCAUGUGUUUGUGUGGGAAGCAAAUUGAAAUCAGAUCGACAGUUUAUCCUCGAAUUGGCCAAGCUAACACCGUUUGCUAUGGUCUUGGUACCUGAGGAGUUACGUACUGACAAGAAUUUCAUUAUGGAUAUUGUUGCAUUUAAUCCGACAUCUAUUAAGCUUUACAGGAAUGGUACAUUAACAAGACAUGAAAUCCUUAAUGAAAUGAAAGAAAAAAUGAAGAAUCAAUUGAAUAAUAUUAACGAUGAUAAGGAGUUAGCUAUCAAGUCUCUACUUUUUGACAUUGAUUUAAUACAAUAUAUUUCUCCUAAAUUGUUGAAUGAUAGAGAGUUCAUGAUUGAAGCCGUACAACAAAUUCUACAAAAUGAGCAUGUAUCAGGAAGAAACUAUCUCCAUGACAAGUUUUAUGAUUGUGAGGAGCUCAGAGACAAUUCUGAUUACAUGUUAAAAUGCAUAACAAUAACAGAUAAUGCUUUCCAAUUUGUGACAAGUCGGUUGAGAAACGAUAAAGACUUUAUUUUAGAAGCAUUGAAAUUUAAUACAUCUAUCUACCGAUAUAUCCCUAUUAGAUUAUUGAUGGAUGAUAGAGAAUUCCUAUUCAAAUGCUUGGCAAUCACUGGCAAAAUUAUCAAAUUGGCAGACACUUUCAAAUCUGAUAAGGAAGUUGUAAUGGCAGCACUGAAAUCUGAUGGAAGUAUGAUACGUUAUGCAGAUGAUCUUCUUAAAACGGAUAGAGACUUUAUAAUACAAGCAAAGAAAAAUGCAGAGCUAGAUAUUGGCUUGCUACCUGAAAUGUUUACGGAUGAUAGAGAUUUUGUCCUCGAAUUUUUCAAUCCCAACAAUUAUAGUGAUAUAUCCUUCAUUAUAGAAUCUGACUAUUAUGAUGACGAGGAGUUUCUAAUGAAGCUCCUUAAAAAAGGAUUCAAAUAUUCACUUUUACCACAAAGUAUGAUGGAUUCAAUAGAGUGCGUAAAGCUUGCUGUUGGAUUAAAUGGUACAGUUUUGAAAAAAGUAGAUGAAGAAUUCCAAAACGACAAGGAAAUUCAAAAGGAAGCAAUCAAAUCGAAUGGAUUUUAUCUUGUUUUUUCCCAAGAUUUAUUUGAUUAUAGAAUGGAGUGUCAAUACUUUGGAUGCCACGUUUAGUGAAUCUCUGAGAUAUCAAUAAUCAAAGGCAAAAAUUAGUUAAUAAUGUUUAAAGUAUUAUUUGGACUAGAUAUAUUUCGAUAACAGUGAGAAUGCAAUUCAAAGUGAACUUUAGUUCAGUUGCCAAACAUCCACAAUAAUCCUUGCUCGUGGUUGACCAGAGUUGUGACUUUGUUUUUCAUAAAUAACAAUUUUAUUAU